UGCGAUGCUUCGUUGAAACUCCCCAGAAACCUCUCUCCUCGUUCCCGGCAAUUUCAAUUUUUUUUCCCGCUUUCGGCUCCUUAUAUUCCCAUUUUUCACUGUCGGAAUCUUCUCACGUUCGCUUCAAUUUCACUCGAAAAAUUUCAGUCAGUUCAUGAUAAAUUAUCGGAAUUGGAUCGGAUCAGAUCUGAUCUGUAUUAAAAAACUGUUUAAUUUUCCCUGAAUUAAAUAGUAUUUUUGGAGGCGUGCAUUCCUUUUUCACAAUUUGAAAAUAAGGAAACUGUUGCGAAGAUGCAGAGGCAGUAUAUGGAAGGUAUGGCGGCGAGAGAGAAGCGGAGUUUGGAUCCGAGCGGUAGCGAGGAAGGUCAACCGGAUAGGAAACGACCCGCUCUCGCUAGUGUUAUUGUUGAGGCUCUUAAAGUGGACAGUCUACAAAAGCUAUGCUCAUCGUUGGAACCAAUUCUUCGCAGAGUGGUUAGUGAAGAGGUAGAGCGUGCCUUGGCAAAACUGGGCCCUGCCAAAUUAAAUGGAAGGGUUUCUCCAAAAAGAAUUGAGGGCCCUGAUGGUAGAAAUUUGCAGCUUCAGUUCAGGUCGAAGUUGUCGCUGCCUCUAUUUACGGGUGGAAAAGUGGAGGGAGAGCAGGGUACUGCAAUCCAUAUUGUGUUGCUAGAUGCAAAUACAGGCCAUUUAGUGACAUCAGGUCCAGAGUCUUCAGUCAAAUUAGAUGUUGUUGUGCUUGAAGGUGAUUUCAACAAUGAGGAUGAUGAUGACUGGAGUCAGGAAACAUUUGAGUCUCAUAUUGUGAAGGAGCGAGAGGGAAAGCGGCCGCUGCUUACUGGAGACUUGCAAGUGACCUUAAAGCAAGGUGUUGGUACUAUUGGGGAGCUGACAUUCACUGACAACUCUAGUUGGAUUCGGAGCAGAAAAUUUAGACUUGGUCUGAAAGUUGCCUCUGGUAUUUGUGAAGGCAUUCGAAUCCGAGAAGCCAAAACAGAUGCCUUUACUGUCAAGGAUCACAGAGGGGAAUUAUACAAGAAACAUUAUCCGCCGGCACUUAAUGAUGAAGUUUGGAGAUUGGAGAAGAUUGGUAAAGAUGGGUCGUUUCAUAAGAGGCUUAAUAAAGCUGGAAUAUUUACAGUGGAAGACUUCUUGCGACUUGUAGUGAGAGAUCCACAGAAACUUCGACAUAUACUGGGAAGUGGAAUGUCAAAUAAGAUGUGGGAUGUUCUCGAACAACACUCAAAGACAUGCGUCUUGGGUGGAAAACUCUAUGUGUACUAUCCUGAUGAACCAAGAAAUGUAGGAGUCAUAUUCAAUGAUAUCUAUGAGUUGAGUGGUCUAAUUGCUGGUGGACAGUAUCAUUCAGUUGAUUCCCUUUCUGACAAUCAGAAGGUCUUUGUUGAUACAUUAGUGAAGAAGGCAUAUGACAACUGGACGCAUGUCAUAGAAUAUGAUAGCAAAUCUUUUCUGGGUUUCGAUCAAAAUAAGAGUCCAGAUGCUCAAAAUGAUCACAGGAUUCAAUCGCAAUAUCAGCCUAAUUCUUUUGAUCACCUUACUCUACCUACUCUCCCAGCAUCAGAUCAUGUUGAACAUAGUCCUGUCACCCCUGGACUGGCUACAAGAGCUCAUCAUGAAAAUGUUGGAAAUCAGUUUCCUACUCAACCGCACAAUAUGAAUCUCAAUGUUUCUAUGCAAUUGGAGAGCCCUUCAUAUCCUCCUAACCAGCUCAUGAGUACAAUGCAACAAUCUCAGCCAUCUGGAAAUGAUAACAUGCUCGCACUUGGUCCACCACUGUCAACCUCUCCUAGCUUCCCUACCAGUGUCACACCUAAUCUUACUUCCUAUAGGGCACUAGAGGACAUCCCUGAGGAUGAAAUUCGUGUAAGAACUCAUGAAAUGCUUGAAAAUGAUGAUAUGCAGCAUCUACUGCGCAUGUUUAGUAUGAAUGGGAAUGGUCAUGCUUCUUUCAACUCCAACGAACAAGGUUUUCCAUCCUCAACUUACAACCCAUUCUCACCUCCAAGCUUCAGUUUCGGUGAGGACCGUACACGUUCAUCUGGAAAAGCUGUUGUAGGGUGGCUCAAACUUAAAGCGGCUCUAAGAUGGGGCAUUUUCAUCAGAAAGAAAGCUGCUGAGAGAAGGGCCCAACUUGUGGAGUUGGAUGAUUUCUAAAUGCUAAUCUCACUCUUUUGCCAUUUCUAGAGUUCAUCCAUGGUCGAUAUCUGUGCCCUAUCUGAGGGCAAAUGGUUCUUCCAAGGACUUGAUAACACGUGCGGAGCUCUGUGGUUGUUCUACUUGUUUGUUCGAAUUGCUAGGCUGGUUGGCUUGCCAUACAAAUGGUAUAACGUCCUAACUUCAUCGGAUAUAGCUUAGAAGGCUGACACCUGACCGAAUCAAAAACAACCGUGGAAGCUAGAGGAUUGGCAAAUUCAAAAGGCAGGCUUUUUUCUUCGUCGAGGUGGAUGGUAUGUUUGUUUGUUCGUUAUUUCUCCAAGUUUUUGGUGUCUCAACUCUCAUUCAACGUUGUAAGUGCUCGAAUAACAGCCUUUACGACUUGGGAUGUAUUUGAGCGUAGAGCUCAAACAGUGUGAUCUUAUGUUGUAACUAUAUUUUUUUUUUGCAUUUUAAAUUUGGUUUUCAUGUUGUAUUCCAAAUCUGAAGCCUAUAAAAUUAUCAUCAUUUUCACUUUA